GACGUCGUGUGCCGCCGCUUCGGGGGCGAGGGCGUCGGCAGCCAGGCCGAGCGCUACUUCAGCGAGUGGACCACCGAGAGCACCUACCACUGGGCCCUGACGGCCGACGCAGGGAGCGGCAGGGUCCGUUACGAGGGGUACUUCCACGCCGCGGAGCUGGGCGGCUGGGUGCUGCUGGCCAAGGUGGAGGUCGCUCCGGUGGGCCCGCUGCUGAACACGUUGGGCUCGUUCGUGGAGCAUUACUCCGAGGACAGCUACCACGCCGCCCGGUGGGGCCGCCUCGGCCGCUCCUUCGUCCGGUACCCGGGCACGGACGACUGGCUGCAGGUGCGCAACGCCACGCUGGAGACGGGAGCCCAGUCCUCAGCGGCGCUGGCCCGCGUCCACGCGAAUGUGACGGACGGGGGCACGAGGUGGGGCCUGGGCUCCGGCGUCUCCGAGAGCUACGCGGCGACGAGCUCGCACGGCGACCUCCUGUCGGUCGCGGCGCGCGACGAGCUGCCGCCAGAGCUCGCGGACUUCCGCGCGCGCGCGGCGGCUGGUCUGCUGCCGGGCGGCUGCGCGGGCGGCACCUGCAACCCGGCCUGGAUGUGGGUCAAGGGCCGGUUCCGGGUGGGCGUGUUCCUCUAU